UUCAAAUAAAAAGAACAUUCACUGGCUUAUAUUAAUCAGUUUAGUUUGAAUUAGACCUAGAAACGGUUAUCGGUCAUGGUCUUCUAGGAAUAGAUAUUUUUGUAUCCUUGUUUAUUUUUUCCGUAAAAGUGAAACUUUAACAUGUGUUUUCGAAAUGUGGUCGUUUUUAUGGUAUCAAUAUUGUUGAUCUCCUUAAUUGAUGGAUUUAAAUUAAAUGCUCCGCUGGAUAAAUAUUUCUUAGUUGCACUCAAGGAUUAUUCUAGUUUUGUGGAUGCGUUGCAAGUUGCAAGACACAAUCAUUAUAAAUUCGUUAAAAAAAUCGACGGUUUUCAAAAUAUAUUUCUCUUCGAAAAGCUUCCUGAAUGGAAAAUUGGAUACGGCAACAAACGGUCUGGUCACAAGCCCCUUCAGGAAGAUAGCCGAGUUUUAUGGGCCUCGCAACAGAAAAUUCUUCAACGUGAUAAGAGGGAUCUGAUAAACUACGACGAGGACGACUACAAUGAGAUCGAAGACCACAAUUCAAACUAUAAACAAACCCAUCAACCGACUUUUAAUGACGAACUUUGGGAACAUCAAUGGUAUAUGUCUACAAAUUCUAGUUUGCCAAAAGCCCUAAAUUUAAAUGUCUUACCGGUUUAUGCUAAGGGUAUCACUGGGAGGAACGUUCGAGUGGCAGUUCUGGACGAUGGAAUCGAGUAUGACCAUGAGGACCUUAUACAGAAUUAUGAUCCUCAAAUAAGUUGGAAUUAUAACGAAGACAAUGCUGAUCCUUAUCCAAAGCCUGACGAUGACGACAGUUCUCAUGGGACAAGAUGUGCUGGUGAAAUAGCCAUGAUGGCUAAUAACAAGAAAUGUGGAGUUGGAAUAGCCUUUAAUAGUCGUAUUGGAUGUAUAAAAAUGCUCGGAGGCUUGGUGUACGAUUUAUUAGAGGGUUCUUCUUUGGGAUUUGGUUUGGAUAAAGUCGAUAUCUAUAGUUCGUCGUGGGGUCCAAUGGAUAAUGGCCAAACGAUGGAAGCACCAGGAAUAUUUGCUAAAGAAGCUCUAGAAAGAGGUGUUGCAUUGGGACGAAGAGGACUUGGAAGUAUUUAUGUUUGGGCUUCAGGAAAUGGACGAAAAAAAGGUGAUAAUUGCAAUUGUGAUGGCUAUGCAGCAAGCAUAUAUACAAUAACAGUUGGUAGUGCUGACGAUAAGGGUCGUGGUGCUUGGUAUAGUGAAAAGUGUGCUUCGGUUAUGACGGUAACAUAUUCUUCGGGAAAUGAUUCAGACCAAAUGAUUACAACAACGGAUGUCGGGAAUUCAUGUACGGUGCAACAUACUGGCACAUCUGCAUCAGCUCCUUUGGCUGCUGGUAUUAUUGCCUUGGGAUUAGAAGCAAACCCAAACCUAUCUUGGCGUGAUGUUCAGCACAUCAUAGUUCGAUCAGCCACACGGGAACCCCUAACCAAAGGAGACGAUUGGCAAAAAAAUGGAGCUGGCCUUAUGUACAGCACAAAACUUGGUUUUGGUCUAAUGGACGCCGAUGCUUUUGUCAAUUUAGCCCAAAGAUGGAGAACGGUACCAAAGCAAAAAAUAGCCAAAGUAAAUGGUUCAUUAAUUGAAAACCCAGCGGACGCCCUUUCAAAUACCAAACGUAUCAUCUUCGCCUACACUGCCAAGACAAUACGACACCUGGAACACGUUCAAGUUAUUUUCACAGCUACUUGUCAAUGCCGUGGUGCAUUAGAAAUGUAUCUGUCAUCACCAUCAGGAACUCAAACAACUAUUCUCGAUAGAAGACCUCGUGACUUCUAUGCUGAUAACUGCUUUGAUAGUUGGCCAUUUAUGUCGGUGGCAACAUGGUCGGAGAAUCCAUACGGUCAAUGGCAGUUAGAAAUUCGCGAUAGCUCAUCAAUGGGCAAUAACAUCCGAAGUAUUGGCCCGGUACAGUUAGUUUUAUACGGAACCACGCAUGCACCAUCAACAACUUAACUUCUUAUUUAUUUUCUAAACUAAUAAAAAC